AUGUCCAACAGAAAUUAGAAGUCGAAAAGUCCACAAGUUCAAUAACCGAAAAUAAUAGACAAAGAUUUGAUGAAAUAUUUGAUAUUUUAGAAAAUUGUCAAACCUUAAGUGCCAGCAGAAUUGAUUAUGAAAACAUAACCAGAUGAAGAUUCUGAAGUUGAGGAUUUCAAACUCGAAAUAGAAAUGAAGUUUAAGAGUUGUAAAAUUAACCACACUUUUAAAUUUCCGAAAGAGAACUAUGAAUCCUCAUCGGAUACAUCAUUGCAAUCCUUGAAAGAUGUCACAACCUAUAACUUAAAUUGCGAUAAUUUGGAUCGAUUGACUGAUGCUACUUAACCUCAUUUUAUGAAGGCUCUCAAUGAGAGAUUAAUGAAAUUAACAGAUCUGAUUGUUGAUGAACCACAAACAAAAACUAAGCAAUUUAAUUAUGCCCCCAAUUUAAAGUCUUCCAGAAUGCAGAAGUUGCGUGGAACCAAUAUAUCCAAUACAUCAAUCACAAAACCCACAGAGUUGUCUGUCAACGCAGCCAGUCAAAGCCAAGGCAGAGAGAGUGUGAUUACGAAACCACCAUCUAAUCUGGGUUUCAGAGCCACACCUACAUUGUCUUCUGAAAAGAAAAGUAAAUCCAAAUAAAUUCAAUAAAUCUUGAAAAUUACUUAAUAAAAAUGCAUGAAUAAUUAAAACGUAGGUGGGACCUUCUAUAAAAAGACUCCCUAGGUCAACAACAAUUACAUUAACAUCAAUUCAAAUAUAAAUAAUAGUAUCGUAGUCAAUGGCAAAAAGAAUUUCCAGGAAAUCAGAAUUAGAACCGAACAGGAUGAACCUGAAAUUAGUUUAUAGUAAUAUUAGGUAGUGCCUAAUUCCAGGCCUAAAAUGAGAGAGUCUACAAUUAAAAGUAAAAAAUUGGACAUUUCUAUUGGUUAUAAGAAUCUUACUUUAGACAGCCAAUAUCUAGAAAAUUAUAGUCGUCAUGCUAAGAGUUAAAACAAGAAUUAUAAGGUUUGA